UGUGCAUCUGAUCUGCGAGGCGUGCAUCAAGAUGGCGCCAAAGGGGAAGUCAGAUGCCAAGGGUAAGGCCGAGAAGGCGCUGAAGGCAGUGAAGAAGACUACCUUCAAGCAGCAGAGGAAGCCCAGAUACAGUGUUGUCUUCCACAGGCCGAAGACCUUCAAGCACGACAGGAAUCCCAAGUACCCCAGGAAGAGUGCUCCCCCGUCACAGAAGCUUGACGCCUUCCAGAUCGUGAAGUUCCCGCUCACGACUGAGUCCGCAAUGAAGAAGAUUGAGGACAACAACACACUGGUGUUCAUUGUGGACGUGCGGUCGUCAAAGAGCCAGGUGAAGGACGCUGUCAACAAGCUGUACGACAUCCACACCAAGAAGAUCAACACUCUCAUCCGACCAGACGGCUCCAAGAAGGCAUACGUCAGGCUCACAGCAGACUACGAUGCCCUUGAUGUGGCCAACAGGAUAGGCAUCAUCUAGAUGGCUGCAGCUGCAUCAGCGGUGCUGCAUGUGAUCCGGAUGCAAUGCUCUCUGUCAGUAUUCUGGGAUGGGCAUGCUUGCACUCGUAUCUCCGUACUUUGCCAUGGCAUCAAGUUGGAGGACAACAGUACGUCACGUGGUUGACAAACUGCGUUUUUGGCCCGAGACGUGUAAGCUACUCAAAUUUAUGGCAGC